AUGUUCAUGAGAAGUUAAAUAAAGAUUUAUUAGAUUCAAAAGGAAUACAAGAUUCUCUAAAAGAAAUACAACGUGAUGUAGAAAAAUUUUCGAAUUUGCAACAAUCAGCAAAAUAUUAUGAAUUAGCUGAUGAAAUAGAUGAAUUGG